AGGCCCGCGCGCCGUUUCCGUUCGCUCAAAUGGCCGCGGGGAGAUAAGGGCUGUGGUUUCCUCCGAGCAUGUGAACGAGGGGAAGGGAGGCCCCGCUGCACAGCCUGCCUUGCCCCCGCCGAGCUUCGCCCCGGGAUGGAGGCUGCUGGCGAGGCCCCCGCGGGGACCCUCCCCGGGGAGGAGGAGAGCCCCGAGAUGGACCUGUCCCACCGCUUCUCCAAGCAGGAGCUGGCCCUGCUGUACGAGGAGGUGCUCUACACCAUCCGGCACCGCAUGGGCAAGCCCGAGCCCCACCACGUCGCGGACGCCCAGGAGCUCUACGCCUAUGUGCAGAAGGCUUUCGGCAUGGACGCGGAGGAGCACAGGGUCAGCAUGCAGCGGGUCAAGGAGCUGGAGAGCCCGAUUUUUUGCCUGAAAGCAACCGUGAAGGAAGCCAAGGGGAUUUUGGGGAAAGACGUCAGCGGCUUCAGCGACCCGUACUGCCUGCUGGGCAUCGAGGCCAAGAGCCAGGAGCCGGCCCACCCCGACAGCAAGAAGCGGCUGAAGGCAGUGGUCAAGGACCUCAUCCCCGAAGACCAGAUCCAUCGCACACAAGUCAUAAGCCAGACGCUCAACCCGGUGUGGGACGAGACGUUUAUCCUGGAGUUCGAGGACACAGAAACGGCCAGCUUCCAUCUGGACAUGUGGGACUCGGACAUGGUGGAGUCGGUGCGGCACAAGCUGGGCGAGCUGACGGACCUCCACGGCCUCAAGCGGAUCUUUAAGGAUGCUCGGAAAGACAAAGGGCAGGACGACUUCUUGGGGAACGUGGUCCUGCGCCUGAAGGACCUGCACUGCUGGGACGAUCAGUGGUACCAGCUGGAGCCACGGACAGAAACGUAUCCCAACCGGGGCCAGUGUCACCUGCAGUUCCUGCUGACCCACAAGAGGAGGGCCACCACGAGCAGCAGGACGCAGCCCAGCUACACCGUCCACCGGCACCUCCUGCAGCAGCUGGUGUCCUACGAGAUCCUGCAGCACCAGGCCGGCAGCAUUGCCUGGGACGGGGAGCUGAGCCGGCACGCCAGCACCGUGCUGUACCUGCACGCCACGCAGAAAGACCUCUCUGACUUCCACCAGGUCAUGGCGCAGUGGCUGGCGUACAGCAAGCUCUACCAGAGCCUGGAGUUCAACAGCAACUGCCUGCUCCACCAGAUCACCAGCAUCGAGUACCAGUGGGUGCAGGAGCGCCUGAGGCCAGAGCAGAAAGCAGAGCUGGCCGAGUCCUUCCAGUCCUUGCUGACCUACGGGGUGUCCCUCAUCCGGAGGUACCGCAUCAUCUUCCCCCUCUCUGUCGCGAGGUCCACGGAGAGGCUGCAGUCCCUGCUGCGGGUCCUGGUCCAGAUGUGCAAGAUGAAAGCUUUCCGGGAGCUGUGCACGCUCAGCCCUGACCUCCCCAAAAUGGUCUCCGAGGCGCUCAAGUCAGGCACGACGGAGUGGUUUCACAUGAAGAAGCAGCACCUCAAGCCCAUGGUGAAGAGCAUGGAGGAGAACGGCAAAGCCUUGGCCAAACUGCUCCUGGAGGUGAUAGCAGAUCUCCAGCAGUGCCAGAAAACCUGGAAUAAGUUCUUCAUCAGCACCCUGAAGCUGAAUCUCUUCUCCAUCGCCUACGUGGAGCUGGAGAGCCUGGUUGCAGAGCAUGUCCAGGAGCAGCUGCACGAGGUGGACAGCAGCAUGUCCAAGCCCACGGCCGAGAGCCUCUUCCAGCUCUACCUGAACCUGCAGGAGCUCUAUCGGAUGAAGGACUUCCUCCCAGAGAGGGAUGGACCUUUGGCCCUGAGUGAUUUCCACCAGUGGUUCAAGGAAGCCGUGCCCCAGUGGCUGCAGAAAGCCUACACCAUCGCGCUGGAGAGGGCGCAGAGAGCCGUGCAGAUGGACCAGCUGACGCCCUUUGGGGAGCACAACAAGCACAGCACCUCCACCGUCGACCUGUCCACCUGCUAUGCCCAGAUCGUGAAGACCUGGCAGCAGCUCAACUGGCCGGACCCCGAGGAAGCCUUCAUGAUCAUGGUGAAGCUCGUGGAGGACAUGUGCAAAAUCGCCCUGAUGUACUGCCGGCUCAUCAAGACCAGGGCUGAGGCUCUGUCGCUGAGCGAGCAGAACGAGGGUGAAGCGGCCAACAGGCUCUGCAUCGUGGUGAACAACAUCAAGCAGCUGCGGCUGCUCAUCCUGAAGCUGCCAUCGCAGCUGGACUGGGCCCAGCUGGAGCGGCGCACGGGGGCCGUCAUCGACCCGCAGCAGAUCCAGCACACCCUGCACCACCAGCUCGACAGCACCGUGUCCUGCCUGGACCGCGAGGUCCAGGACGUGGUACAAGCCCUGGCCACCAAGCUGGAAGCGGGCAUCGCCAGACACAUCCAGGAGCUCUCAGCCUCCAACGACACCCGGGAGCCUGAGGAUUCCAUCAUCCCCCUCAUGAAGUUCCUGGAGUCAGAGCUGCAGUAUCUCAAUGAGCAUCUGGUCCAGGAGAACUUCAAAAGCCUCCUUGCUCUCCUCUGGCAUCACACCUUGGCCGUGCUGACUGCAGCUGCGGGGCCGCAGACAUCCUCGACCCAGCGCUACAAGAAGCUGCAAUGUGCCCUGAAGAGCCUGGAGCUGUGCUUCCACGCCGAGGGCUGCGGGCUGCCCCUGGAGACCCUGCACAGCGCAGCCUUCGUGUCUCUGGAGAGUCACCUGGCCCUCUGCUCCAGCACCAGCCGCAAGCUGAUCCAGAAAUACUUCAGCAACAGGAUCCAGGAGCAGCUGGAUGCCAGCUCGGAGAAGUACGGGGCCGUGACCAUCAAGGCUCUGUACCGGCCCUCGGAGCAGAAACUGCGCGUGGAGGUGCUCAACGCCGUCAACCUCAUCCCGCUGGACUCCAACGGCUCCAGUGACCCCUUCGUCCAGCUCACCUUGGAGCCCCGGCACGAGUUCCCCGAGGUGGUGGCCCGGACCACCCAGUGCAAGAGGAACGAGCUGCACCCGCUCUUUGACGAAGCCUUCGACUUCUUGAUCCCCCCUGAGAAAUGCCGUCAGGAGGGGGCCUGCCUGCUGCUGACCGUCUUCGACUACGACACGUUGGGGGCCAACGACCUGGAGGGAGAAGCUUUCUUCUCGCUCCGCCACGUGCCCGGGCUGGACGCCGACGAGGACCAGGCGGACAUGGGAUGGGUGCCCCAAACCCGCCUCUCGCUCACCCACCCCAAACCCAGCGGGGACGAGAUCCUCCGGCUGCUGGAGUCCAGGAAGGGGGACAAGGAGGCCCAGGCCUUCGUCAAGCUCCGCAAGCAACGAGCCAAGCAGUCCAAGGAGACGGCGUGAGGGAGGCAGAGAUCCCAAAAUGAGGGGGUCCAGAAGGAGACCUCAGGAGUUUUGACAGUGCUGGAGCCACCCAAGGGAGCUGUGGGGACCACAGCGGGGUCCCUGAGCCGCCACCAGCUCCCAGCACCUGCCUCACCCCGAGCAGUGCCCCCCAUGGGGCUCAGGAGGGUGGGCACACAGUGUUUUGUUUUUUUUUUUGGGGGGGGGCCUCCUUUGCAGAUUAGCAACACUACACGGGGCUGUGGAAGUGUGUGGCUGUCCCUGCCGUCCCCCUCAGCUUGUCACCACCGGCCGUGUCCCCGGCCCCCUGCAAAACCACGUCAGGGCAGCGGGGUUUGUUUGGGGUGGGGUGACCCAUGGCCAAGCCUGCCCUUUUUUUUAUUAUUAUUCUUUAUUUUUUAUUUUUUCCUCAUGGAUAAGCCUUUUAAAUUAAAAGCAACAAAGCCGG